GGGCACGCUGCGCAUGCGCUUAAGAGCCUGUUGUUCCCCCUCCCCCACAUCACUACCAGGAGGCGGUGGGAGUGGCGUUGCUGUGGCAACCGCAGUAAACGGAGUCCUUGGGCAGGUGUGACUAGAAACCAGCUGCUGUGGUGAACAUCUCUGAGAACAUGAAGGAGCCAGGUGACCAGGACACCGAUGGGGGAAGAUCAGGGUCAAGGAGUGAGGGAAAGCAGUCUUCGAGGUCCACUUCGAAAGCUGCAGAAGAUAUCACAGAUGACCUCUUUACUGACGGGGCGGAGUCGUUUUUGGACGAUGACUUGGAUUUGGAGGAUAUGAACGAAAGCUCACAUUCAUCUCAAGAGUACUUUCAUACUCCUGUGGUUUCCCAGGAGCCUCCGCCUGAACUUAAGGAAGAACCAGAAGAGGUAAAGAAGAAGCUCUCGGAGACCUUCUACUACGACUACCUCGAGCUCAUCUCCACACCAUAUGUGUCUUCACCAGAUAGGAUCCCACUUUAUUUCCUCGCCCUCAACCAUUCUUUUGGUUAUGACUGCAAAAGGCGAGCCAACCUACAGCUUCUGGACAACAACACGUUGAUGUACAUCGCUGGGAACCAAAUGGUCCUGCUGGACUUUAAAAACAAGACGCAAAUGUACCUGCAGAGUAGCAGUGGCCAAGGGAUUGGUGCCAUUGGGGUUCAUCCAGAUAAAACUUACUUCGCAGUCGCCGAAAAGGGAAGUUUUCCAAAGAUCAUCAUCUACGAGUACCCUUCUCUGAAGCCCUACAGAAUCUUGCAAGACGGGACAGAGAAGGCCUAUGCUUAUGUAGACUUUAACAACGAGGGGAACCUGCUGGCCUCUGUCGGCUGUCAUCCUGAUUACACAAUAACCAUCUGGGACUGGAAAGGAGAGCAGCCCAUACUGAGGACAAAAGCGUUCUCUCAGGAUGUCUUCAAGGUCACUUUCAAUCCUGAUAAUGAUGAGCAGUUAACUACAUCAGGAUCCGGCCACAUCAAGUUCUGGGAGAUGGCUUUUACAUUCACUGGUCUCAAGCUGCAAGGAUCACUCGGGCGAUUUGGAAAGACAUCCACUACUGACAUAGAGGGCUAUGCAGAGCUUCCAGACGGGAAGGUACUCUCAGGGUCAGAAUGGGGCAACCUGCUGCUUUGGGAAGGCAGCCUCAUCAAGGUGGAACUCUGCCGGACUGGCAUGAAGUCUUGUCACAAUGGUUCCAUUAACCAGAUAAUGCUGGAUGAGGGGGAAGUCAUCACUGCCGGGUCAGAUGGCAGUGUUAGGAUAUGGGACUUUGAGACUAUCGACACUGCUGACGUCAUAGAUGACAGCGGGUUGUUAGAGAUAGAGCCCAUUAAUGAACUUCACGUAGACAAGAGCGUCAACCUCUUCUCAAUGAUCAAGAUGAAUGAAGUUGGAAAUAACUUCUGGCUGGCUCAGGAUGCCAAUGGAGCCAUAUGGAAGCUUGACCUUAGCUUUUCAAAUAUCACCCAGGAUCCAGAAUGCCUCUUCUCUUUCCAUUCUGGAGCCAUUGCAGCCUUGGAUGUUUCCCCUCUUACUUACCUCAUGGCCACAACUGCCUUAGAUUGCUCCGUUCGUGUCUAUGAUUUUGCUAGUAAAAACCUUCUGGUUCAGAUGAAAUUCAAACAAGGGGGCACCACCCUCAUUUGGGCACCUCUGACAGUAAGCAUUUCUGGAUCACAGAUCGUAGUAGGAUUCCAAGAUGGCGUCGUCCGAAUUCUUGAACUCUUUGAUCCAAAAGGACUUACAGUUUUUGCUGGACGGAAGAAACUCUUAGAUGCCGAGUUACACUUGAAAUAUGUCUUCAAACCUCACACUGAAGUAGUUACGGCUUUAGCUUAUGAACGUGAUGGGGAGGUCUUAGCCACUGGGAGUGAUGACAAGACUGUCUUCUUUUUUGAUGUGGAGAAGGAAUACAAGCCGAUUGGUUAUUUUAACACUCCUGGGCCCAUUCGCCAGUUGAUGUGGUCUCCACACAGUCACCCUGAAAGCACUUUAUUGAUCAUCUGUGGGAACGGCUAUAUUCUCGAAUGUCUAUGCCCAACCAUUAAGGAUGUAGAUGAUCAGAACCUUGUCACGUUUGCUAUCCCGGACAUGUUAGUCAGAUGCUUCCAUUUCUCGAGUGUCAAAUCUAAGAUUUUGAGAUAUAUGGAAGUACAAAGGAGAGAAAAACAAAAGGAGUUGAGGGAGAAGGAAAGGGAAGAAAGGAAGAGGAAGCUGAUGGAAGAGAAGGAAGCCCUUGGAGAACAGGAAAUACAGGAGGAGGAGGAGGAGGCCAGUGAGGAAGAGGAAGAGGAAGAGGAGGAGGAGCCGCUGCCUGAGAUCUUCACCCCACCCACACCCUCUCCUAUCCUCUGCGGCUUUUACUCAGUGCCAGGGAAGUUCUGGGUGUCCUUGGGCAACUAUGAUUCUGGUUUUCUAUAUCACUGUCAGUUUCCGCCACAUCUCGUUAAAGAUGAUUUUCAAAAACUGGAAAAUGAACCAUUUGAUUUCCGAAUUCUUGAGAAUACAGAUGACAACCCCAUCAGAACAAUCACUUUCAGUAACUAUACUAUGAUGUUCUGCGGAAUGAAAAAUGGAGCAAUUCGAACAUAUUUCCUAAGUGAGAACGACCCCUUCCUGAUCAGUUUGCAGGACUACUGGCAUUUCAACGUGCAUGACAAUAAUUAUGGAUCUGUUAAAAGUAUCUUUCCUAGUUUUGAUGACCAGUACUUGGUGACUGCCGGAGAAGAUGGUAAUAUCUUUGUUUUUGACAUUUUUUCUGAAUUUAUUAUUCAGAAAGAGGCCAAAGCCCACGUGCCAUCUCCCAGGUAUGGGAUUGAAGCAGAGGUCGCUCCAGAAGACAUUGACGAUCCCAAAGCCUACAGUAUUGAGAAUGCCAGGAGGAAACGAGAGCAUGAUAAGUUAAUGAAGAAGGUAGAAGAACUAAAAGCUCAGAAGAGACAACAAAUCAAAAUUCUGAGGAAUGAGUUUUGGAAGCUGUUAGCACUGAAUAAAGAGUUACCAAAGCAUAUGCAGUUCCAUCGAACUGAAUUCAACAUCGAUGCUAAAAUUCACGCUGAGAUCCACAAGAAAACAAGUAUCAAAAUCGAGCAAGUGGAAAAGGAACUGGCUUGGGAAAAGCAGAAGUACGAGCUCGGCCUGAAGAAGGUCCAGGACAGAUUUCGUGAACCAUUGGAAAGUGACACCGUUGUGGUUUACGCCAUCCAGAGUGACCACCAGAUAGCCUCCUAUAGGCUGGUGAAGCCCUCUAAGUAUUCCAAGUUAAAACGUCCAAGUCAGACUGACAGAAGACCUAGCAAAAUGGAGAGGUUCGAAAAGGAAGGGCCUGGCAAGAGGGAGAGCCAACGAGAUACAGGUGGAAGUCUGAGCCUACAAGAAGAAGUAGUAUUGGAAAAAGGGAAGAAAGCUCGGCCUAGAACUUUAAGUGAAAUUAUGGUAGAAAACCAAAUCGAGAAAACAAGGAAACUCGUACAACAAGCCGAGCGGGCUCAGCUUAAGAUCCUGCAGCGCAAAAGGGAAUGGGAGGAGCUUUACAAGAGCAAACCUGAUGAUGACUAUGAAGAUCCCAGAGAUGUCCAGGCCAUCAAAGAAGCCCAGACAUUCAUGGGAGAUUUCAAUCUGAAGACAGCCUCGGACUACAAGAUUCCCGAGCACAUGAGAAUCAACGCAGCCAAGAAGGAGGAGGAACUGGGGCUCCUUGACACGAUGGCCCACGGAAAGAAGCGGUACAUGAACAAGUGCAUACUUUCCCUUCGAGAUCUCAAGUUGGCCGUCAUCGAGGAGAUCCAGUGCCUGGUACAAGAACUGAAGACCAUUCAGUCUUCCAUCCCCCCGGCCAAGCACAUGACCAUCCCCCAAGUCCCGCAGAUAUAUCCAGAAGAAGUCCCAGAAAGGAGAUUUCAGUACGACGAGGAAACACUCUUGAGAUUUAAGAGGAAGCAGCAGAAGCAGCGGCAGGAUGACAAGAGCAGCAACAGCAGCAAGCAGUCAGGAUCUGGGGCCUCAACUGGAGGAGGGCUAGGGUUCCUCAAGCUGUCCUCUGGAAAGGAAGGAGACCUGACAACGAGAGACUCCCUGUCUCGGUCGUCCAAGGCAUUUGCUUUCCUGGAGCUUCCAAAGGCAACCGAGUUUGAGAAGGCAGAGCCAGGUGACGUGGAGUUGGAGAUUAUGAAGAGAGAUGAGGUUAAACAUUUGUACAUGCAACAAUUUUUGUGCAACAGGAUCAAAGAGCUGACUGUCACUUUCGAUGCAGAACUUCAUCUUCUAAGACAUCAGAAACUGAAGCUGGACACUCAGAUGAAAUUAUCUGACCUACACCACGUCACGCUAUUUCAAGAAAUGCUUCUCCUCAAGAAUUUUGAGAAACAGGAAAAUAUUCUUCAAGAGCGAGUUAACUCCUUAGACCGAGAGGAGCAAGACAUGCAAUGGAAAAUAAACGAAACUCUCAAAGAGAUGGAAGAGAAAAAGAAUGAAAUCAACAAACUCCAGGAGCAGGAAAAGUCGCUCUACUCUGGCUUCCAGUCGGCCCUCGGAGAAAACAAUAAAUUUGCAAACUUCCUCAUGAAGGUCCUGAAGAAGAAGAUUAAGCGGGCGAAAAAGAAGGAAGUUGAAGAAGCGGACGAAGAUGAAGAGAGUGAGGAGUCCAGUGAAGAGGAGUCCAGCCUGGAGAGCGAUGAGGACGAAUCCGGCUCUGAAGAUGAGGUUUUCGAUGAUUCCAUCUGCCCUUCGAAUUGUGAUGUAAGUCUUUUUGAACUGGCCCUCCAACUUCGAGAGAAAAGACUGGACAUUGAGGAAGCCUUGGUUGAAGAAAAGAAAGUUGUUGAUAACCUGAAAAAAGAAUACGACACAAUCUCCAAAAAGGUAAAAGUUGUGGCGACAAAUCUGAAUGCAGCCGAGGAAGCCCUGGAAGCUUAUCAGCGAGAGAAGCAGCAGAGGUUGAAUGAGCUGCUGGUUGUCAUCCCUCUCAAGCUCCACCAGAUAGAGUAUGUGGUAUUUGGGGAGGUGCCUGAAGACCUCUCUGGGACCUUGAUCUUCUCCAACCACUCCCUCGACCGGCUGCAAGAAAGAAUCGUACAGCUCCAGGAGGAAAACGCCAAGCAGCAAAAACUUAACAAAGAAUGCAGGGAGAGGCGGAAGCUGCUCAUCCGGGAAAAGAGAGAGAUGGCGAAAACCAUCAGCAAAAUGGAUGAAACUGUCCGAGAGCUAAUGAUCAGCAAGUUUGGCCGUGUGAUCGAUCUGGAAGCCCUCCAGACCCUUUCUGUUAACACAACCCUUGAAGAGCUGAAGAUCAAAAAGCUUCGGAAGGAGCUAUCCAAUGCAAAGGAGAUCAGGAUGUGGGAGGAAAAGAUUGCUCAGGUGCGAUGGGACCUGAUGAUGAAGACGAAGGAGCACACCAAAAAGCUUCACCAGAUGAACGACCUGUGCCUCGAGAAGAAGAGACUUGAUUCCAGGUUGAACACACUGCAGAACCAGCAGGGAAACGCCUUCCAGGGCCCCCGGAAAGCAGAUAUAGUGGCAAAGCAGAAAGUCACUGAACUGGUCCAAACCCAGUCAGAAAAGAUCUCCGCGUUAAAGGAAGAGAUCGCGCUUUUGCGGAAGAAGGGGGGGCUCAUCCUCCCUCCCAUCACACCCAUGCAAGAGAAUGAAAUGAGGCACAUGGACGCUUAAGAUUGCUGUCUUCUCAUUUCCACCCAAGAGUUUCAGAGGAAUUCACCAGUCUCCUUUCCCGUUGCCCACAACAAUCCUCUUGCUUUAAAGCGAACCAUAGUGAGAUCUUCAAAAAAGACUCCUGAGCCGUGACUUAACGCUAUUUCCCUAGGUUAGAAAUCACCGAGACACUGACGUGUACUUAGGACUGUGCUGAGUAAUGUGUUUUCACCCUAAGCUAAGUAUGAAGAAGGCCGAAUCUCAUAGCUGCAAGAAGGCCGCGGUUAGACGUGUUUCCAGAAAAAUAUCUGUUUUCUCCGGUAUUCCGAAUCUGUAGCCUUUGGCAAGGAAAACUAUUAUUCAGCAACCCAUGAAGAAACUUCCUUCCUUAGUCCUUGGAUCUUUAGAAAAUAAACUGUGUUAAAUAGUCUGCGAAAGGACAUGAGAGAGAGAAAAAGCAAACCAUCCUGCCAAUAAUAACUUAGAGUAAGAAACACAAAUCUGAACGUUGCUAUUGUUGACUUCAUAAAGCAGUCAACAUAAAGAGGGCUCAGGACUGAGGAAAAACACAGACAGACACAGCAAAACAGCUUGGGUUGGCAGAGGCCGCUCCCUGAUUUACCCAGUUUCGGAAAACGCCUCAGUUCUGAGGUUCACAUUUUCCAAAACAAGUCAGUCAGGGAAGCUUUGCUCUAGUUAGGCCCUUUGUGACUCCAUCAGAACUCUGCCUUCUGCCAGGCUUCACCUGAGUCAUUACUGGUUCUGAUCCAGUACUUUUAUCUGUUGGAGGUCUAACUCUAACAGCCACUUUUGACUACGUGUGACAUUUUGAACUCAAGAAUGUACUUUCUGACUCAGAGAAGGAUUUAUUGAAAUUCAUGGCUGCACCCCUCACAGAUUGAUCUCCCUGACACUUGGUGUCCUUCCAGCAGUGACACUUUGGCUUCCCAGGUGGACUGUCUGCAUCUGUACCAGAAAGAAAGCUCUGCUGUGGCCGAGGCUGUGCUGGAGAGCCCUUACGAGUUUCUGGACUGCACAUCUGUGAACACAAUUGGCAGCGAUGCAGAUCGACACAUCUGUGACUUUCCACACAGUGUCAGAAUGCAUUGAACAAAAAUACAGUCCCAAGGCACAUCAGCUCUCUUGGCAGCAAUUUACAGAGUAGCCCAAGUUCCCCCACCGUUGGCUAUUGUUAUUUGUAACGUUUGACUGCACUCUUGAUCACAGAUCACAGGUUACAUUUCGCACAGUAAAAUGUCAUCUGUGUGAGUACGUGUAUCUAUAAAUGGCUACAAGGAAGUUCCAGGCCACAGAGCUCAGAGAGGCCUUACCAGGGGAAGCAAGGGAGCUGAUACCGAUGCACUCAUUUAAAACGGUUAAAUGCUAUAGACGCCAGUUGGAAGCCAAGCCCAGAUGAACCAGGCCACACGAUUCAGCCCAGUUAGCUCUCUGGGAGCAAAGCUGGGGUUUGACCCCAGCUGCAGAAAUGCUGGGCUCAAGGCCGGGUCCAGAUGGACCGACGGCAGCAUCAUAGUAGAAGCCUCCAGAAUGCUUGUAUGUCGGUAAUCUCUAGCACACUUUCUGGGGGUCAGAUGACUGGCUAAAGGCUGUUCCCCCACAGUGUUAGAUGUUAGUGUUAUGGUGUUCAUGUGACAGUUAAGGUGUAUUGCGUAUGUUAUUGGGCCUGUUUCUUUUUCUGAUAUAAUUCUAACACACCCAUGUGUCUGCAUGUUCCCUGUCUACUUGGCUAGUUGGUAGGUAGUACCGUCUUACUUGAAAAAAUGACCAAACCCUGACCCAUGGUCCAUGUCGGACAUGGUAGCAGUGUCUGCAUCAUACAAACACAGCGUGAAGAAUCUGCGUCUGGAUUUGUACGGUUCUUGUUGGUGGGGGGAGGGGGCGGGGCGCAGACUAAAGGGCAAGGCCACCCAAAAAGCAAUUAGCCAUUGCUUCAUACAUUAUGGAGUGGAUUGAGGUAACCUGGUCUCUACACUCAGCUAUGCAUGCUUUCACUAAUGAAAGUGAACAGGUGCUAAUCAUAGCCUUCAUUGCUCACUAAUGCACAAAAAGUUGCCUCGAAACUUAGCUUUAAAAACAAGUUAUCGCACUAGAGGAUAGAGGUUUGUGGGGCUCAGGGAUCUGAUUAGCAAACCUGGUAACCAGGAUCUUAGGAAGCCUGGGCAACUCCUUUGGUGUCUGACUGUUCCGGAAGAGUUCAGGAAGUAGGUUGCCUAUAAGUGGCAUUCCCCAAAACCCACUUUGACAAUUCCUUUAGAUCAUGGAGAAGAGGCAAAAUUAGGCUUUAAAAAAAAGUUUCCAACAGUCUGUCGAGUGAACUACAGCUCAGAUUUGAGGUGCAUAAACAAAGACUGGAAACAAUUGCUCUGCCCAUUCCUCUCCUGGAAGUGACCAUUAAAAGGCUUCGAUCCCCGUGUUUGAAA